AUGUCUUCCAGCGAGCCUAUUCAGUCUCAAGAUCUAGAGUUCCCUCCGGUUCAAGUUGAUCGCUCACUUACUAGGCUCGAUCUUGAAACACUCAUGAUGAGGUCGACGCAACGUCGGCAGCCAGAAGAGGCGGGCAGCACUCUCGAUGACAGCAGCUAUGAUCUGCUCGGCGACGGCAUCAUUGACAUGUCCGACGACGAAGCACACACUGAGUCCAUCGCGUCCACCGACGGUCCUACCCCGGAUGACACGUCCGACGACUACAGUGAUGACGACGGCGAGUAUGAUACCGUCGAGCGAGGCUUGCAAGAUAGCACAUACUCCUCGCAGGCGGAGCACCACGAGCACCCCGCCCAAGUACAUCCCAUACUGUCCGGCGAGGACUCUAGUCUGACAGAGGUGCCCCCGUACCUGAGUGGGAGCAUGAGCCCAAGGCAUUUCAUACUCCACGAGCGAGCCACAAGUAACGCCGAUGUAACUCAUGGAAGCAGUGUCAUAAAGAGCUCAGCGGGUUACACAGACGAGCUCCCACCCGUGUUCGAACGUUAUGGUUGCAAAGAGAUCAGACUGUCAGUCAAAGCAGCCUUGUCUCAACGACCCCUUACCACCCCCGACACGUACCGAAUACUUUACGUUGGCAGUGGGAAGUGGGCGGAAGGCACCAUCACGUCCAAGAUCGGCGCGGCACUCGCUGCCUACCCUGACGCUUCGAAGACGGUCAUGGUCCGCGGUCAGGUCGAGCCAUACGCUCCAGUCCCACACACUGACCGUUGUGCCGACAUGUUGGUCUACAAUGCUGGCCACAUUCGCGUGCUCACCGAAGAUGGUCGCUACCUGGUGUUCGGUUCUGGCGCCUCUGCUCGCUCUCAAGAUCAACCAGACCUUGUCAUCAUAUGUCACCCAAGCGUCCUUGACCACACUGCUGACAAGCAAGAUUUUGCAUCUGUUAAGAAAGUAUUUGAUCGCGAAGCAAUUCCAUACAUCGAACUUGCUGAGACUAACCCAUUCGGGGCCGGGUCCUCUGCUGACAAGAACACGUCAUUGCGAGUAUGCGUAGAAGGUCGGGAGAACCCAAACACUGACUACGAGCUGAAGGAAGUGCUGCCUCUUGACAUCCACCAAUUCGAUCAACUUGAGCCAUCCCAGCUUAACCGCCACCUCGCACUGAUUAGUCCUCAUCUAGCGACGGCCCAACACACAAAGGCUUUGACUGCCCGUAAGUCGUGGCUCGGCGAGAAGACCCAUGCCCGUAUGAAGAAUAUUGGUCCGCAUCUACACUGGGCCAGGUGGCUGGCAUCUGCCAUUGUUCUAUUCGUCCUUGUUCCUGCACUGCUUCAGCGUACAGCCUACCUCCCUAUGCUCUACCAGAAAGUCUCGCAGAUUCAGUCGGUAUCACCAGCCGUGUCUGAGGCACAGAGCAUUAUGUCCACAAUCACACCCAUAGCGGCAGUGUCUCCAAGCGUGGUUCAUUCUCCAUUGUCAUCUCCCACUUCAACUCCGACAGCAUUUCAAGGAGGGCUCACCAUUGUCCCCCCUCAGCAGAAGCGACCUCACCGAAAGCCAAAGGCGAAAAGCGACCAAGUUGGGGGCUUUGAGAUCCAGACCACUGGGGAUCAUCAAUUCAUUCUGCGUCCUUCAAAAACGUUCAGCUCGAGCCGGAAGAAGCCUCAGCUCCAGAUUCAUGUUUCCCACCAGUCAGAAGAGGUUCCAGCACGCUACAACCGAACCAUCACUGGCGAGUACAUUGUCGAUCUGGAACAGCAAUACCGCUUCGACAAAUUCAACGUCAGUAUUGCUACCCACUCAAAGCCUCUCCUGCGGCAGUCCUUUGAAGUAAUGCUGGGACAUAACAAGACCGCACUGGAUCAACUUCUCGACACCGCCAAAAUGAACAUGUUCGAUACACAGAUCGCCCUUCUAAACGUCUCAGCUACAGCAGCACAAGCAGUGCAAGUAUACAUGGCUGGCUUAGAUGCUUACGCCUCGAAACAGCUUCAAGAAACUAAGAACCGACUGGAGAUGAAGACGCGACGGGCAAGACAGAUCCCAGAAGCUACAUGGAUGGGACUACGAGAUAUAACCGCGCCAGUGCGGACGUCUUCAGCGAUGAAGAAGGCUAGGAUGAAUGCUCUUCGCGUCAGGUGCAAGAUGGAAAUGGCAGCAGGUCUAUCUGCCAGGGGAGAUGGUGAGAAGCAGAGCUGGGCUUGUGCAAAGGUGCGAGGAGGGGCAUAA